UCACGUACUUCAGCAAAAUACCUUCACCAGCCAAAAGGACUGUUUCGUAUUUUGCCUGUAAGAUGAGACUUUUGCUUUGCUAAUACCGCCGAAUAUAAGUUAUUAUUGUUUUAAGUUGUUUACAUAUCAUAACUAUUAACCUACUCAGUGGUAUAGCUAGGUUACACCUGUGCAUGGUUUUCGUAUUAAAUAACUACUGCUCUUAAGUCAUAUGAGUAGCAGUACGAUCCCAGGAGCUACGGAAGUCCCACCAGUUCAGUAUAACGGUGGCUGAAGAUCCACUGACAGGAUGAUCUACAUCAUAAUGGGAGUCUCAGGCUGCGGAAAAAGCACCUUAGGGGCCUUCUUAUCAAAAAAGCUGGGCUGGCCCCUGCACGAAGGGGAUAACUUCCACCCACAAGGGAACAUUGAGAAGAUGGCUCGUGGUGAGCCACUUACAGACCAGGACAGAUUGCCUUGGCUUCUCAAACUACAUGAAGUCAUUGAGAGAGAAAGGGCUUCAUGCUCUGAUGCUCUUGUGGCGUGCUCCGCCCUGAAGCGCCUGUACAGACAGAUCCUGCUCUUUGGCUCCAAAGCCCUCGCCUCCUCCUCCGAUCCAGACCAAGAUAUCCUACCUCCGUCCUCUCCUGAUGUCUUUUUUCUCUUCCUACAUGGGGACUACGAUCUCAUUCAGCAGAGGAUGGUGGCCCGGAGGGGGCAUUACAUGAAAGCAGAGCUGCUGCGUUCCCAGUUUGAUGUUUUAGAGCCUCCGUCUGCUGAGGAGAAUGUGUUGCCACUGGACAUCAGGAGGAGCAUCACUGACAUGGCCACGGAGGUCGAGAAGCACAUCAUCAGCCUCAUGUCGUCACCAAUGCCUUAACCACCAGUCUAGUGGAGUCACCACAUCUAGUUUAUAUCUUAGUGCAGCUGACAAGUAAAGCUGCACUAAGUUGUGGUAUAAGACCAGAAAGAAGCUUGUACAGUAGUGGGAGUUUUGGUUUUGUUCUACUUUAUAGCGCUUUAGUACAGUACCUGUGUGAUCCUGUGGUGCUGAAAACAUUUCAUAACACAAUUGCCUUUCCAGUAUAUUCCUGCUGCAGAGUAUUUUAUAUUUGAAUUGGGGCCAUUAAGUGCUUUUGUUUUGUGAAUGAGAAAUGAACCUCCAAUAGUACGCCACCAAGAAAAAGGCUAGAUGUUCAUACGAACAGUUUAAUAUAGUGUGGCUCUUUUUGAACUUAUGAAAAGGAUUGUAGUAGUACUGUAAAAGUUUGCACUGUAAAGAUUCACGUUUCAGUAAUGUGGGAAAUUUGACUGAUCUAUUUGACAGCACAGAGCGAAAUAUGAUGGACAAAUGCCUUGAGCAGAAGAUCUAUUUUAAACUUUUUAAACAGUAAAAUGAACCUGACCAUGCAGAAAAUGCACAAAGAACUUUACUGAUUAGAUCCAUUUUUUAUGUAUUUAGUUACCUGGCUAAACCAGACAUGCAACAUUUAUGGGGGAAAUUGUGUUGGUCUCAGUUGCAUCAGUAUGGGAAUAUGACAUUAAAAUAAACUGAUGGUUUUGCUUGAAUAUUUUAUCCCAUGUUUAAUAUUUAAUUACAGUCCAAAACCCAAAGAUAUUCCAUUUGCAAUCAUAUAAGACAAAGAAGCAGCACAUCCUCACAAUUUAGAAGCUGGAAACAGUGAAUUUCAGCUUAUGUUUUCUUGAUAUGUAAUAUAUCAAUGAUUAAUGGCUUUUCAUAAUAGAUUCUUAUUCAUUUUCUGUCGGUAGACUAAUCGAUAAUCAGCUAAUCGUUUCAGUUCUACAGAGAACCCAUUUAUAUUUCAGAAAGUAACGCUUUUGUCUUAAAACCUAAUAAGUUAACUCAUACGUUUGUAUAACUUAGGUUCAGUUUAGUAUAGAGGACACAAUGAACUGGUGGACAGCAGAAUCUUACUAUAAUGAUUUAAACUUAAUUAAAUAAUUCUUCUUAAUUUAACACCAUUGUAUUGUUUAAUUUUACUCCAGAUAAUCUUUCCAUUACAUGUUUCUCUCAACUGCUCUUAAUUAGAUUUUUGCAAGCGACUGCAAAUCAUAUUUUUAUAUCAUUUGAUCUGUCAAACCACCUUUCAUGCACUGACAUUACCUGCCCAAUGCACCAACCGAUCUUAAAGUACAAUCUUCACACUGAAUACAAAAAAGUAAAAUUAUUAAAGGGAUUUAAAUUUAACACCUUACUGACAAUAGGUUGACCAUACAAAGGUCAGACCAGGUUUAAGGCUUCAUCAUCCCUGCUUUCUGAUCUAUAAGCAUCUUCAGUACACAUACACACACACACACACACACACACACUCAAACACACACACCUCCACUCAGCAAUAGCUGUUUCUGUGGUGUGACUCAUCUGCAAACCUCAACACAAAUAUUUUAGGAGCUUCUAAUCCAGAAAAAAACAACAACCCUUGGCUACUCUCAUAUUUCACACAUCCAGACGAGCAGACGCACACACACACACACACACACACACACACACACAGCACUAGAGAUGAAAACCCCCUCAGUCUGGCAGCAACAGACAAACAGGUUGUCAAGUGGAUCACAUACACACAUCUGAUGUCAGAAUAUGUGUAGUGUCUGUCAGUUAAUCCGCUAUGCCCCUCCCCCCCCUCUCACUCACACACACACACCUGUAAAUAAGACUAUGCUUGUUUGUUAUAAGUUUAUAUAAAUAAAUUACAGAAGAAU